UGAGGUUUAGGUUUCUGACUUGUGAGUGUGACUUGGUUUUUUUUUUGGGUUAUAUAUUGUGGUUUGUGGGGCUGAGAUGACCAAAGAUUUAUAAUCCCCUCUCUGACCAACCUCUGCCACCCUUUGCAGAAGCGUCAAAAGCUCUCGCAGGACAAGGUUUUCUCUGGGAAUUAGCAGCUGUUGUAGCAGAUAGUAGUAACAGGUUUCAGAGUGGUGCCAGUUGCAGAUGAAGAACAACAAGCAAAAACAAAGAUAGACACAAAAGAAGCAAGAGUGACAAAAGAGGUAGGCAAAGAUAAGGGGUAAGACUACAUUACUUACUACAAGAAAAAAAAGUUCCCCCCACCCACCCCCCCCCCCCCCCCCCCCAAAAAAAAAGAGCAAAGAAAAAAAAAACAUUGGAAGAACCAAAUCCUGAAUAAUAAAUUAUAAAAGGGUGAGGAAUCUGGAUUUCCAGAAGAAUCAGCAGCAACACAACCAAAUAAUACCCAUCCCACAAAUUUUAGACCCAUUAUUACAGAAGCCACAAGAACAUAAUCUAGGCACUGGUAGUAGUAGUAGUAACAACUACCAGCAUCUCCAACUUGUCCCAAAUCACCCACCUUACGUAGAUUUAGAUCAUACUCUGAACUCCCACCACCAAUCAUCACAGCCGUGGAUCAACAUAGAAAAUAAUGCAAAUCCCAGAGAUAGAUCAUCGUCAACAACAUCAAUGGGAAUGAAGGGUGUUGGGGGUGAGAUUGUUCAAGUUCAAGGAGGCCACAUUGUCCGCUCAACCGGCCGUAAAGACCGUCACAGCAAAGUUUACACGGCCAAAGGCCCACGAGACCGUCGCGUCCGAUUGUCUGCCCACACUGCGAUCCAAUUCUACGACGUCCAAGACCGAUUGGGCUACGACCGCCCUAGCAAAGCCGUCGACUGGCUCAUUAAGAAGGCCACGAACUCCAUCGACAAGCUUGCUGAGCUGCCACCCUGGCACCCCACUACUAAUCCCGCCGCUGAAGAGACUGGUCCACAUGCAGCGACGGCAUUGGUGGACUCCACCGAAAUGGGUCUCACAGUAGAGCAGUCAGAGUCUUCUGGGUAUAAUUUUCAGCUACAAAGGCAGUUGGGUCACGAGCACUUGAACCCAGAUCAUCAUAAUGGGUUGGGGUUCAUUCCUCAUCAGCCGUUGGAUUCUGACUCCAUAUCCAACACCAUGAAAUCCUUCUUCCCCACGAGCUCAGCGGCUUCGUCCAUGAAUAAUUUCCAGACAUACCCACAAGACAUUAUCCCGAGAACUGCCAACCCGACCCAAGAUCUCGGCCUUUCUCUCCACUCCUUCCAUGACCACACUAUGGUCCACGACCAGUCUUCCCAAGGCGGUGCUCACCACGCGCCACAAAAUGACCACCAUCACCAGCCUGCUCUCUUUACGGCCGGGUUCGGGUCGGAUUACCAGAGAAUGGUGGCGUGGGGCAAUGAAGCGGCCGGAGGAGGUGGAUACGAUUUUGGGUCGCAAUCAUUGGCUCCGGCGCAGCAAGCCACAGCUUUGCUGGGUCAGUGCUCAACGGCGUCGUUUAAUAAUAAGAGGGGAACCCUUCAGUCCAGUUUUUCACCAUUGGUUCGGGCUUGGGAUGAUCAUCUAGCUAUGGCCUCCCAAAGACCCCAAACCAUCAACCAUUUUUCUUCCUCCAUAUUUGGAACUCGUUUCGUCUCCGAUGGCUUAUCUGCGUUCUGCAUUCCGGCUAGAAUUCACGGCGAGAAUGGCGAAAACGACGAUGAACAGGGCUGUGGUGGCGUCGUUUCGGGGAGGCCCCCGUCGUCGUCUUCUCCAAACUCUACCCACCGUUGAUUCCACCACAACAAAGUUGGAAUAUUUCUACUUUUCAUUUAACACAAUAGGCUGUGCUGUGCCAAUCAAUUAAGAAUAAAAAAAAAUGAAGACUUUUGAAGAAGAUAUUUGAUUUGAGUCAAUGCAAUGGUCUACAGAUCAGUGAAGCAAACAUGCAUCUGGUUGUGAGAUUGUCAAAGAUUUUCUUCUUAAUUUUUUUUCUCAACUUUUCUAAAUAUUUUAAUUCGAUUUUCGUGUUAUUUUUAUUAAAAUAUACUGUGAAUUUGUGUUGAUGAUAUAGUGAAUAUUAUAUCUCAAUUAUUUCUUUGUUAAAUUGUAAUUUGGAUUAUAUUGGUUGUUCUGUUGAUGAUAAUGUAUAUCUUUGUUGGAACAUGGGAAACCUAAUAUGUCUUUCUUUACCCAAAAAUAAUAAACUCAUGAUUUUUCUUUUUU